AUGGACAGGGCAACAUCGUACGUCGGCUGUGGCGCCGUCCUCCUCGCCCUCCUGUUGGUCAGCUUUGCGCGCCCGUGCCACUCCUCCCUCUACCGCCCGCCGCCGCCCGUCAUGGUCUACCACGCCGGCGAGGUGCUCGACGGCGCUGUGCCCAUAUCCGUCCUCUACUACGGCGCCUUCUCGCCACACCAGAAGGCCAUCAUCGCCGACUUCCUGCUCUCCCUCUCCCCGCGCGGCCGCCAGCCACAGCACCACGGGCAUGUGCCCGGGCGCGGCCGCGGCGAGACGCUGCGCGCGCCCAACGGCGACGUCGGUGUGGACGGCAUGCUGAUCAACCUCGCGGCGCUGCUGGCCGGCGCGGUCACCAACCCAUAUGGGCACGGAUACGUCCAGGGCGACCCCGGCGCGCCCGUGGAGGUGGGGGCUGCGUGCCCGGGCGUCUACGGCCGCGGCGCGUACCAAGGUUACCCCGGCGCGGUCAAGCUUGACAUGAUCACCGGCGCUGGGUACAACGUGGUCGGCCGCAACGGCAGGAAGUAUCUCGUGCCGGCGCUGGUCGAUCCCGACACCAACUCUUGUAUCAUCAUGACCUAA